AACAAAAACAGGUUGGGCUCGAUAAGAAAAGCUCAUCUAUUCCCUUCACCAGUGGCAGCGCGCGCCACCGUACUGGAACUUAGGUGAACUAUUUCCCUUAUCGAUAUCAUCAUCCGUCACAAUAUCCCUUUCCCUUUCCCUCUCCCUUUCCCUCUCCCUCUCCCUCUCCCUCUCCUCUCCUCGCUCGCGCGAAACCAAGCAUCAAUGGGUUCUGCAGCGCGUGAAUGGGUCGGUUUCAAGCAGUUUCCGACUGCUACACAGGACAAGCUCGUUGAUUUGUUUGGAAAAUUGAAGGAACAGGGUGUAAAUACUUUGACCAUCCUUGUAAUGGGCAAAGGUGGGGUUGGAAAAUCUUCCACCGUCAACUCCCUUAUCGGGGAGCGUGUGAUGAAUGUGAAUUCCUUCCAAGCUGAGAUUGUAAGACCGGUGAUGGUAUCACGUUUACGUUCUGGAUUCACUAUUAACAUCAUAGACACCCCAGGGCUUGUGGAAGGUGGCUAUGUAAACUAUCCAGCCCUAGAGUUGAUUAAGCGGUUUCUUUUGAACAAGACAAUCGAUGUUCUACUCUAUGUUGAUCGCUUGGACUCAUACAGAGUUGAUGACUUGGAUAGGCAGAUAGUUAGCGCAAUUGCAGAUGGUUUUGGGAAAGAAAUAUGGAGUAAAAGCUUGCUUGUUCUGACUCACGCCCAACUCUGCCCUCCAGAUGACAUCAGCUACGAGGUCUUUACCUCCAGAAGGUCUGAAGCUGUCUUAAAAACAAUUCGUACAGGAGCCUGUAUUAAGAAACGAGAAUCUGAGGACUACCCUAUCCCAGUUGGUUUAGUUGAGAACAGUGGGAGAUGCAAUAAGAACGAGAGUGAUGAAAAGGUUCUUCCAAAUGGGGUUGCUUGGAUUCCGUCUCUGGUUGAAGAGAUAAUUAGCAUCGCAACAAAUGGCAGUAAAGCUAUCGUGGUUGACCAGAAGUUGAUUGAUGGUUCGGGUUCUAAUGACAGGGGAAAGCUCCUCAUCCCUGCUGUGAUCGGGGUUCAGUGGUUCAUUGUAGAACUGAUUAAACGAGCGAUUAGAGCUGACAUUGCCAAAGGGGGGCGCUCUUUGUGAGUAGUCCAGCAUUAUGUUGUGCGCAAACUGCCUAUUCUGAAUGCAAUGGUUCCUGCCCUUGUGAGUUUUUGCUUUGUUCCCCAUGUCUUCCGAGAGACUUCCCAAAUUUUCUGCGGAUUUGCUGUUAUGAGAGUUUUGAGGUCAGCUACACUAAAAACUGUACCCAGAUUGCUGGUGGAUCUAUCUUAAUGUUGUUGGGGUGUGUGGUUAGUUAUCUUGAGUAAAAGCUAGUUAGCCCGACGUUCGAUGUCAUUCAGCAGGAAGAAAGGGGCUUUCUCCCCAUACCCGUUGUGUCGUGUUAGUAUGUUCUCUGGUUGCUGAUUUUUUAGUUGCUUUGCUAUUCUAAUGGAAAUGCGGUCUUGGUCUUAGUGGUGCAACUGCAACUGCAACAUACAUAAUUACAUAUUUGACAGCUCAAUGAUUAGUAUGGGGGAUGAAUGCGGUAUAUAGCAUGCUGCAGAAAAAGGCAGGUGUAGAUGCCAGCCCGUCCUGCCUGCGCAUGGGUUGAGAAUGUGGACCCUUCCUUCCUUGUUGCACUUUGAUGCUGGCUUGGCUUGGCUGGCUCUCAUGAUUAUGUAAAUCACUCUGAUGAUACGAACUCUGCAAAUAUUUGUGCUUUCAUUCUAUCUUUGUGCGAAGAUUGCGGGGAGGAAAAGGGAAAGGUGAAGUGGAGAAAGGAGGAUGAAGAUGAAGAAGGUAGUGGUGUCUGUGGGGGACCAUUAAGCUGCGGUGCAAACUUUGUAUCUAUGGUGUGCGUUAAUGCAAUCAUUAACCUCACCAUUCUUCCACU